AUGCUCCAGAGCAUCGGCUUCCCGUUCGCCGACUGGCGCACGUACGUGUGGGAGCAGCAGCUCGUGCCGGCGCUGCGCGUGUUCCGCGCGCGCGAAGGCCACUUGUUCGUGCGCCAGGACUUUCAAGUGCCGCACGACGACGAGCAGUGGCCGCGCGCCGCGUGGGGCGUCAACUUGGGCUCUCUGUGCCAAGUGCUGCGACGCGAGGCGUCGGUCACGCGGCGGCGCGACGACCGCACGGAUCGCCUCGCGGCCGACCGCCGCGACGUGCUCAACGCCAUGGGAUUCAUCUGGAGCGACACGCAGUGGAAGUGGGAGACGCAGUUCCUCACGGCCCUGGCGAACUACCACGCGCUCUAUGGCCACUGCGACGUGCACCACACGUUCCGCGUGCCGGCCGACGACAGCGACGAGACGGCCGCUGCGUUUUGGCCCUCGGCGACCGCUGGCUACCGUCUUGGCUACAUUGUGGCCAAGGUCCGGGCGAGCGUGCACGACGACGAGCAGGCGCUGACGCCCGAGCAAGUGGCCGACUUGGACAAGCUCGGGUUUUUCCACGGGAACCAGUCGACGGUCGUGUGGCAGAACGCGGUCUUGCCGGCGCUUGGGCUCUAUCCGAGACAAUACAACGGCGCGACGAGCAUUCCACUGGACUUUGUCGUGCCGAUUGACGACGCGUGGCCGGAAAAAGCGCAGGGCAUGAAGUUGGGUUACAUUGUCGCGUCGAUUCAGCUGAAGUACGUGUUCCAAGCUGAAGUUCGAGACCAUCGACAAGAGCUGAAGGAGAUGGGGUACAUGUGGAAAGCGCUCGUGGGGAAGUGGGCGAAAGAGUUUGUGCCAGCGCUGCGCUGGUACAGACAGACGUUUGGUCAUUGUGACGUGCCGUCGUGGUACGUUUUGCCGACGACCGACGCCGUGCAGCCCAAGACGCUGCGUGGCUAUCAACUGGGCAAACAAGUUGUGCGCGUGCGACGCAGUGGACGGGACAAUGCCGAUGUCGCGGACGUCGUGGUGGACCUCGACGCGCUUGGGUUCAAGUUUAGCGCGUUCGAGAGCAACUUUGUCGAUCGGGUUUUGCCGGCGCUGGAAGUGUAUGCGGAAACGUAUGGGGAUACGCACGUCCCUCAAGGGUUUAUUGUGCCAUCGGAGCACACGUGGCCGCAGCCGUCAUGGGGCACGAAGCUUGGCCAUACCGUACGCAGCAUACGCAAUCGCCGUCAACAUGCGCAGCAGGUGGAGAAUUACCGUGAACGGCUGGAGAACCUUGGGUUUGUGUGGAGCAUUUACAAGUCGACGGCCGCCACGAAGCGCGAUAUCGUGGACCCGUGUGUGGCAAUCUACAAGGAAGAGCACGGCAACGAGGCAGAGAUACCGCGAAGUUUUGUCGUCCCUGCUGACGAUCAGCGCUAUCCAGAGGUGGCUCGAAGCUUUGAGCUGGGCGCAUGGCUUGAUCAGUACAACAAGCGCACGAACGGUCUGCUCCCGAUCCAGAUGCAAGAAGGCCGGAAAAGAGCAGUUGCAGCCCGCCAUUGGUCUGCCGAACGAAAGCUCACACCGCAUGCCGAGCAGUAUUGGAAAGAUGUGUUGCUGUGCUCGUUCCAAGUCUAUGCAAAGCUGCAUGGCAGCUGCAAAGGUAUGGACGGCAGCUUCGUUGUGCCGAAUGAGGAUGCAUAUCCGCAAUCUGCUCGAGGGCUUAAUCUGGGCCUUCGCUUGCGCCACCUGCGCCACGGUAUUCGUUAUACGAAGGAGAUUGCCAAGUACAGACACGAGCUCCUGGAUUUGGGCGUGCUGCUGGAUGAAGACGCUGGUCCGCUAGAGUCGAAGAGCGACGAGUGCACUAGCAGAGAGGACGAUGGUCGUGAGAAUGAUCCGUCCAGUGGCCAAGACGACCACAAUGACGGCGACGACUUCAGCGAUGAAGGAGGCCACGAUGACGAUGCAGAAGACUUUGAUGAUGUUGAUGAGGAGGAGGAGAGCGAAGAAGACGGAGAUGGCAUAGCUGGAGGUGCACAAAGCAGAGAAGCACACAUGAGCUAG